UCCAACGUGCCAACCCAGCCGCGUCACUGUGUUUCUCGGCAUCAUCGCCCGAUAACGAUAGCAGCUCCUCGUCAUAGGUACCUUGCUCAGUUAUGAUACCACGGCAGCCUUACGCGCCAACACCGCACAGCUAUGUACCGAAUUCGACGCUAUCGGCAACCAUAAACCUCGACGAGGAGGUCAAGCUCGCCGACACACGCGCCGAGCGCGACUUGCAGGACUCCCUCGCCGAGAUCUUUAGCAUCAUCGUUACGAUCGACGAGCUUGAGAAGGCGUUCCUCAAAGAUGCCAUCCCCGAGGCCGAUUACACCGAGAUCUGCGAACGGUCGCUGAAACAAUACAAGUCACUGGUCGCCGACGAGACAGUUGCAAAGGCAUUCGUGGGGUUGGAGGAGUUUAAGGCUGAGUGGGAUCUCGAAGUCCCCCGCGCAACGGAGAGAAUACGAGUGGGCAUGCCCUCAACUGCCGUAACGGCCAGCUCUGGCGCCGCCCCUACACCGGCCACGUCGGGAAACACCAGCGGCACGCUGAUUCUGGAAGCGACGCAAGAUUUUAUUACAUUCUUAGACGCGCUACGGUUGGGGUUGCUGGCGAAGGACCAACUGCACCCCCUCCUGACAGACGUAAUCCAGUCGGUGAACAAGGUGACGGACCGGGACUUCGAGAACAGGGGCAAGAUUGUGCAGUGGCUUAUCACGCUGAACCAGAUGAAGGCGACGGAGGAGUUGGGCGAGGACCAGGCGCGGGAGUUGGAGCUAGACAUCAACUCAGCAUAUCAGGGAUUCAAGAGCACCCUUUCAUAAACA